AUGGGCUUCCCGUGGUAUGGCUUCGCCUGGACUGCUCAGGUCUUCACCGCCAGUAGUGCCCUGGACGUCCUGGUGAUAGUUUUGUACUUCCUGUUGGUCCUGGGCAUCGCGCUGUGGGCUAUAUUGUCAAGCAGUCGUGGGACAGUAGAAGACUUCUUCCUGGCUGGCCAAAAUCUAGCAUGGUGGCGGAUAGGUGCUUUUCUUUUUGCCUCGAAUAUUGGCACUGGGCACUUUAUGGGCCUGGCUGGAAAGGGGGUGUCUUCAGGGAUUGCUGUUGGGGCCUUCGAGUGGAAUGCUCCAUUUGUGCGCUGUGUUCUUGGUUGGGUAUUUUCUCCCAUUUACAUUAAGGCUGGGGUAGUAACAUUGCCCAAAUAUUUGAGGAAGAGGUUUGGUGGCUACCGGAUCCAGUUCCUCCUUGCUAUUCUGUACUUAUUCCUUUAUAUCUUCAGUAAGAUCUUGGUGGAGAUCUGCACUGGCGCCAUGUUCAUGAGGCUGGUUUUGGGGUUGGAUGUUUACCUGGCCACCGUAGUCUUGCUGUCGGUUACUGUCAUUUAUGCCAUCACAGGCGGUUUUGCGGCUUCAGUUUAUACUGAUAUCUCACGUGCUGGCGUUGUGGUACUGGGCUCAGUCUUGUUAAUGGGCUGUGCCUUUAAGGAGGUGGGAGGAUACCAGGAGCUACAGCAUAAGUACAUGGAUGCUAAGCCCACCCUCAUCCGUGAAGGAAACUGGACCGCCCAGCCAGAAUGCUUCAUUCCUCGUCUGGAUUCUUUCCAUAUCUUCCGAGAUCCCAUCACUGGAGACAUCCCCUGGCCUAGAGUCAUCUUUGGCAUCUCCACCCUCUCCUUGUACUACUGGUGCACCGACCAGAUUUUUGUCCAGGGCUGCCUGGCAGGGAAGAACGUGUCUCAUGUGAAAGGCGUUUGUGUCUUGUGUGGAUACCUGAAGCUGCUGCCCAUGUUCAGCAUAGUGAUGCCGGGGAUGAUCAGCCGCGUCCUGUACACAGAUAAAGUGGCGUGUGUUGUUUCAGAGUGUGAAAAGUACUGUGGCGCCAGAACUGGGUGCAGCCCCCUCACCUAUCCCGUGCUGGUGGUGGAGCUGCUGCCCAGUGGCGUUCCAGGCUUGAUGGUGUCCGCACUCUGGGCCUCUCUCAUGUCCUCCCUGACUUCUGUUUUCAGCGCAAGGUUUUUUGUUACAAUCUUACUUGCUGUCUCCAUUGCAUGGGUCCCUGCUAUACAAAUGGCACACAGGGAACAACUCUUUGAAUACAUGCAAGCAGUUUUAAGUUACCUGACGCCGCCCAUUGCUGCCAUCUUCCUGCUUGCCAUAUUUUGCAAGAGAAUCACUGAGCAGGGUGCCUUCUGGGGGCUGACUGGUGGACUUCUGAUUGGCUUUUGCCGCAUGGUGUCCGAGUUUGCCUACGGGGCCUGGAGCUGCUCAACAAACAGCAGGUGCCCUCAGAUCAUCUGCGGCGUGCACUACCUCUACUUUGCCAUCAUCCUCUUCACCAUCAGUCUUUUCACCGUCCUGGGGAUCUCCUUGUUCAUAGACCCGAUUCCGGAUAAACAUCUACACCGUUGGAGUUUAUGGAACAACCAAGAGGAAAGGUUCGAUCUGGACAAAGACACACAAGGGAAGAGCCCCGCACCGCAGGCACGGCCAGACGUAUUUGAGGAGGCCAGGAGCUGCCUCUGGAAGGCCUGGGACGUGUUCUGCGGCCUGGAGCCACUGCCAGGCCCCAGACUCACCCCGGAAGAGGCAGUCGUGCAGAAGAUGCAGUGUGGUGACACGGAAGGGACACAGCACAGUGCCACUUCUGAAGGGACAGCGAAGCGUGACAUGCUGGAAGGAACAAAGCUCCGAGACAUGCCAGAGAUGUCCCACUGGAGAAAAGUGCCCAGCACCUGUGGGCUCCUCUUGGUGUCACUCACAGUGCUCUGCCACUUCUGCUUCUCCUAG